CUAUCGCAGAGCUUCUCGGACUUGCGGUAUGUAAGUGUCGAGACUGGACCAGCAUCUUUGGAGACUGUUGUCGAAACCGGUGAAAUAAACGAGUGUAAUUACGUCGCUAAUUUUGAUCUAGUACAACUUGUCAUCCAGCCGGAGUAUCAAAGGAUUCCCAAAAACAAAAGGAUUCACGGUUCAACUCGCUCGGGAGAUUUUGCAGUUUAGGCAAACUCGCUCGAUGCUUUGUUCUUCGCCCGUUGUAACAAAGGUAUGAGAUGCGUUUUGUAUAGGUUACAGUAACGUUCGUUCGUGCAAGGUUUGCCAAUCGCGCGCGCCAUGAUUUCAAACGGUCGACAGUCGAAGAACCGUAAAAAUAAUGAAAUCAUCUUCGAAUGCAUCUCGAACGUAAUCGACAUACCCGUUCUGAUCAAUUAUUUAACGGUCAAUUAUGGCCCGAUAGCGGAUCACCAUUUGAUUUCUAAUAAAAACGGAAAACAAUUGUGCAUACGUUUUCUUCAUGAGGAAACUGUUAUAAAACUGUUUAGUCAUAGACGUCUAUUCAACAACAUGGUGUUAUCGCUGGUAAGCGGAUUUGGUGACGACAAAAGCCUCCAAAAUGACACGAGGGAUCUAUCAAACUCUAAUGAUUCAAGAUUGGAUACUGAAACAAUAAUCUCGGAUCAGCUGAAUAAGUUUUUAAAUACCAUUGCACUAUCUGAUGCUGAAGUAAAGCAACGUAAUGCUGUCAUAUUAGAAGACCUCGAAAAAGUAAUUCGACCACUCUUACAAAGGUGUAAAUUGUAUACAUUCGGUUCAACUGAAACUGGUCUUGGGUUGAAAAAUGCUGAUACAGAUAUUUAUUUAAAUCCAGGUAAACCAAUUGUUGAUAAUGCAUUUAGUCCAAUUGGUCCUCAUGUCGCAAGACUAAGCAAUCUUUUAUCAACUAUAGCAAAACUUCUUUAUGAAUAUCCAAAAGUUUUUGGCUGUAUCAUAAGUGUUUCCAGUGCAAGAGUUCCAAUAAUCAAAUUUCAGCAUAUACCCACCAAAGUUUCAUGUGAUCUUUCAUUCACCAGUUUAAUAGGAGUUAAAAAUAGUAAAUUAAUAAAAUAUUACUUAUCAAUAGAUUCUCGAUUUAGACAUCUUAUGAUUAUUAUCAAAUAUUGGGUACAACACUGUGGGACAAAAAGUGCAUUAUGCAUAAACAACUAUACGUUAAAUUUGCUUUUCAUUUUUUUUCUGCAGAAUGUCAAAUUAGUUCCUUCUAUUUAUGAUUUACAAAGACAAUGUGCCAAGCCAUUUCUUUUAAAUAGUUGGCAAGUAAACUUUAGCGAACAGUGUCCAUAUUUUCAUUCUGAUCAAGACUUUGAAAAAAAGUCUAUUCCUGAACUGCUUGGAGAGUUUUUUAAAUUUUAUGCUAAUUAUGAUUUUGAAAAUAAUUUAAUAUGUCCGUUGACUGGUAAAUCUUAUGGUAGGGAUAUAAUUAUUGAAAAAAUACCUUCUUUUUUGUUCAGAUAUUCAAAUUACUUGAAUUGCGAGAAAGACCCAAAACAAUUAGAAGUGUUUACAGCAAUGUGUGUCCAAGAUCCAUUUGAACUUAAUUAUAAUGUGUCGAGAGCGGUUGUAAAAAGUCAUGUUGAAAAAUUUCAAAUUUUUUGUUCUGUUGGAUCACUCAUGGUCCAAGAAUCAGCUAAAAACUCCUACAGAAACUUUUUCUCACAACUUUUUCCUGAAAUGAAUAUUUCCGAUAUACUUUCAAGUACUGAAUCAUUUAACAUCUCAUUUGAAGCUGCAGAGUUUUUAAUAAGUAAUAUUAUAGGAAAACGUUGCUACGAAGACUUCAUUCGGUAUCAGCAUCAAAAAUGGUUUGAAUAUAUGUUCGACUCGAUAAUGAUAUUUAUUAAGAAAGUUUUAAAUUUCGAUGUUGUUAGUGACGAUGUUAGUUACCAGUUUUGCAAUGAUGAAGAAAACGCAGAACACCCUGUGAUAUCAAUAAAGUGCAACGGAAAAUUCAUUGAAGCAUUAUUCAAUAGAAUAAAAUCAGAUAACACUGCUAAAGGUGUUAGGGACCCCCUAAAGAGACGGAUUGCGAUUUCCAAGGCCAAAUUAUCAGUAUUAAACAAUUCGAAAAAAAGCCCUGAAACAGAUGAUGCAAGUGUUGAAAAAGAAUUCAAGUUCAAAUUCAAAGCUUUCAAAAGAACCAGUCCUACCGUUCACAUUUACAUGAUUUUUUUUAACGACGGGGGCGAUAAAAAAUUGUUCAAACAUUCACUACUUGAUAUCUUCAAUACGACCAUGCGAUCUCUGCUCAAAAAAUCGUUCAAACAUAACAUUAGUUCGAAAAAAUUGUAAUAUAUUGCGAAGCGCUACAUAUUGUAAUAUUUGUUUACUUUCUAAGAUUUAAUUUAACUAUGUUUUAUCAUUCAAAGUGCAAAGAGUUUUAUGUAGUUGAAAUUUUUUAAAUUUUAUAUUGGAAAAAUAUAAACGUUUUCAUAAGCAAGAAAAAA